CGAGGCCGCCGCUCCGCUCGCGCCCGGCCCUCCCUCCGCCUCCCCGCGAUGAAGGCGGCCCAGGCCGCGGGCCAGGAGGCGCCGCCCGGCGCGCGGUCCGUCAAGGUGGUCCUGGUGGGCGACGGCGGCUGCGGGAAGACGUCGCUGCUGAUGGUCUUCGCCGAGGGCGCCUUCCCCGAGAGCUACACCCCCACGGCAUUCGAGCAGCUCACCGUGAAUCUGCACGUGAAGGGCAAACCCGUGCACCUCCAAAUCUGGGACACAGCAGGGCAAGUCGACUACGACCGCCUGCGGCCCCUGUUCUACCCCGACGCCAGCGUCCUGCUCCUCUGCUUUGACGUCACCAGCCCGUACAGCUUUGACAACAUCUCUAACCGGUGGUACCCGGAGGUGAAUCACUUCUGCAAGGAGGUGCCCAUCAUCGUCGUGGGCUGCAAGACUGACCUGCGCAAGGACAAGUUGCUGGUGAAGAAGCUGCGGAAAAAUAGGUUGGAACCUGUGACCUACCACAGGGGCCAGGAGAUGGCACGGGCCGUGGGCGCCGUGGCCUACCUCGAGUGCUCGGCUCUGCUCCAGGAGAACGUCCACACCAUCUUCCAGGAGGCGGCCAAGGUGGCCCUCAGCAGCCGCCGUCGCAACUUCUGGAGGCGGAUUACCCAGAGCUGUUGUGUGGUGACCUGAUGGCCUGGGGCGCUCCUUCCCUGACCACACCAGCAGCGCAGGAAGGAGCUGGGCACAGACCUUCUGGCCAGUUGGCUGGGCUGGACCUAGUCCCCAGGCUGUGACCUCUGAACUGUACCUCAAACAGAUGGGCACCACCGAGGCUGGGCCCCUGACACUGGUGCUGGUAUCCCUGGACUGGAGAGAAACCCCUCUGAGGCCUGAGGAAGAGGGUUCCCGGGCUCACCAGCCCUGUGGAGGGCUAGGCCUGGAGACCCCUGGAAUCACUCCCAGCUCACAGCCCUGGACUACACAUCCUGGAGCGGCCUGUGCAACCUGGCGCCACCUCGUGGCUCUUCCCGGGGCUGCACCUUCAGGACCCGGUGGUGCUAGGACCCUCCAACCAGAACUCACACCCUGCCCCCGGCCCCCUUCGCCCUGCCCA